AUGGGGGAUGAUCUGGAGUUGAGUGUGGCUAAUAAUGAUGACGACGAUGAUGAGUACUAUGGCGGUACAAAGUGGUCUCAACCAAGUUCGCUGGGCAGUUCUGAUGAGGGAAUUGGUAUCAAUAAUAAUUACAAAGAAGAGCGCCAGAAAGCGAUGAUGGAGGCAAUGAAUGGCCAAUUUAAGUCCCUUGUUGCCCGGUUCUUGGCCUCAGAGGGGAUUCCUUUGUCCACAGAGGAACUUGGUGAGAGCUGGUUGGAUAUUAUUUCUUCGAUAUCAUGGGAAGCUGCAAUGCUUGUUAGGCCGGAUGUUAAUGAAGGGAAAGCUAUGGAUCCUGGGUCCUAUGUCAAAGUUAAGUGUAUUGCUUGCGGCUCCCCCAGUCAAAGGUAACAAAAAAUGAACACGGUGUCAGUCGCUUUUGAUGCCAAACGGUCUUUACCUACAAUUAUUGCUUAUUUCAUGCCAGUUUAUGACAAAAGGUCUCUGACAUGGUUGUUCCUUGCGUUUGACAGUGUAGUGAUUAAGGGCUUGGUGUUUAAGAAGAACGCUGCACACAAACACAUGCCAACCAAGCUUACAAAUCCUAGAUUGUUACUCCUUCGGGGUGUUCUUGGACAGCAUGCGGCUGGUUUAUCAUCAUUUAGUUCGAUGGAACAGGUAGGUCUCUAAUAGUGUUGUCUAAUUUGAUAGCUAAUUUAGAAAAACAUUGGUUUAAUUAUCGUGGUGAUAAAAUCAGGAGAUGGAUUAUCUGAAGUCGACCUCUGAGAUGAUCAACGCAUGCAACCCUAACGUGGUUCUGGUGGAGAAGACGGUCUCCCGGGAUAUACAAGAAUCCCUACUUAAAAAGGGAAUCACAUUGGUCUUUGAUAUGAAGCUUCAUCGUCUGGAAAGGAUUGCACGCUGUACCGGGUCUCCCAUUCUUUCUCCCUCCGGAGUUCCAGUGUAUUCACAAUUGAGGCAGUGUGAUUCUUUUCAUAUCGAAAAGUUUGUAGAGGAUCACAACCUUCCCAGUGAAGGUGGGAAGGUGCCGAGUAAAACUUUGAUGUUCCUUGAGGGCUGUCCAAAGCCUCUCGGAUGCACGGUAUGUAAUCUCAUUAACUUUUUAAGAUGUAAUAAGUUUAUUAUUCUUCACGAUACAACAUCAAUCCAUCCAUGAUUAAUUUAUUUCUCGUUGCAGAUUCUGUUGAAAGGAGCCCAUAGUGAUGAGUUGAAGAGGUUGAAACGUGUCGUGCAUUACACAGUAUUUGCUGCUUAUCAUUUAAUUCUUGAAACUUCAUUUUUCGCUGAUCAGAGGGCAGUAGUCACUAACGCUCAAAAUUGUGAAGGAUUCUGCUCAUCUAACGAAAGCCCAUCAGUCAUCAACUUCGAUACUUCCUCAAAUUCAGCAAGUCAUAACCAGGAAUUUAUUGCUCCAUCAGCUGCUGGUGUCGACAUUCCAAUUUCUGAUGAAUCUCUGAAUAAGUCAUCUCGUGUUCGGGAUUUCGUCAGUAUGCGUGUUGAUGAUGAACCAACUUCUGGCAUUUAUGAUUUCUCUAGACUUGAUUCUGACCUGAUGCCUCGUGAGAACGGAAUUGCGCCAGGAGGCCUGUCUGAUGGGCAAAUUGGGGUCACUGAGAACUGCCAAGAGGAGGAACCGUAUGACCCACCGACUUCAUCACUUCCACCUGGACAGUUUAUCUCGUUGUCAUCGGUCUCUGACAGCAAAGGUGAAGACCCGCUGAUACUCACCGACUCUAUUUCUGAUGGGUCUGAUUCUUCAUCCAUCAGUUCAAAGGUAAAGGAUGUCGAUACCCAGAGCGGUGAAGUACUGCAUGUUUCUCUAUCAUCAGAGACUCUCGAUGCUGAGAUCAAACCAAAGGUGGGUACUGAUCUAGUAGACUCGGAUGAUGGCACUCCUGCUUAUAGGAAGAUGGAGCAAGGGCUACAUAUUGGUGUGGAUUGCAAUGCUGUCAACGGCAGACACAAGCUACCAGACGACAACAAUACUGGGAGCGUGUUUGAUUCCAAGAGCAUUUUGGUUUUGAUGUCCAGCCUCUGCAAAUCCAAAGGGACAAUAUGUGAGCAAAGCCACCUUUCCCGUAUAAAAUAUUACGGGAACUUUGAUGUGUCGCUUGGGCGAUUCCUCCAAGAUAUUUUGCUCAACCAGGUUCAUUAUUUUACUGUCUUGAUUUCAUCUUAUAUUGAUUUCAUGUGGAGUCAGCAUUCUUUAUGAUUUAUCCGUACUGAUGGGCGAUUAAUUGCUGUAAUUAAUAUACAGAAACAUAGUUGCUCUGUGUGUAAUGAACCGUCAGAAGUCCACACCUAUAGCUACACUCACCAGAAUGGGAGGCUGACUGCUCUGGUCCAAAGGCUUCCUCCUGAGUCUCGCUUGUCUGGUGAAGUGGAGGGUAAGAUUUGGAUGUGGACUCGCUGCUUAAAAUGCGAGCACAAAUCUGGCAUCCCAGAGCCUACGAGAAGGGUGGUGAUGUCUAAUGCUGCACAUGGUCUCUCAUUUGGGAAGUUCCUGGAGCUCAGUUUCUCCAGCCAUUCUGCAUCAAGGAGGAUUUCCAGAUGCGGCCAUUCGCUGCAGAGGGAUUGCCUCAAGUUCUUCGGGUGCGGAUGCAGAACACCUCUUCAUCAAAUUUCUCACAAUUUUCAUCACCAAAAAUAUUUCUUUAUCAUUUUACGGAUUAUGUACAGGUUAGGGCCGCUGGUUGCCAUGUUUACCUACUCGCCGGUUGAUAUCUACGCAGCUUGUGAGCCUCCGCCCGUUGUGGAGUUUAAUACCCUCAAUGGAGAUGAUUGGCUCAAGACCGAAGCAAGAAAUGUAUGCAACCAGAAAUCUAGCUUCGAUUUCUGUUAUUAUAUGAUUUUUUUUUAGUUGUUUCACCAGAAAUCCUGCUUUCUCUUCUGAAGGCUCUGCGCAAGGUGGAGCUCCUGUUCUCAGAGGUUGGGCGCAUGCUGGAGAAGAUAAAGCCCGACUUUUUGCGGCAGAAUAAGAAGUACCCUGGCCCGUUGAAAGAAUUCCGGCAGGUUGAAGAGAUGUGGCGGCAAGAGAAAUCCGAGCUCGAGGUGGGAAAUCGCCGUAUUUUUCAUCAGAUUUCCUUCUUGCUUGUUUAAUGAACUCAUCCUGCCUCUCGACCUGCAGGAUCCUUUGAUGAAGAUCAUGAGUAGUGAUGGGCAACCGGCAGAAUCUGUUCACGAUAUGCUUGAUUUUCCCUUUCUAGAGUGGGAACUGCUUCUUGAGCUCUACGCCUGGGACCGACGGAUCGAUGCCCUUCUCUCUUCGGGUCACGACGCCAUGCCCAACGAACGCCUGGAGGAGGCUGACGGUGUCGUCGGCGAUCGUCCGGCAGUGGAGUCCUCGGAAUCUCCUGAUAAUGGGCAUUUAGAUGGAGGUUUCAGCGGCACGGAAAUGGAAGAGACGACGAAUGCGAACGGAGCAGGCGCAGAUCAGAGCAGCGGACUCGACGGCUCCCCAGAUGCCGCCGUCACCUCUGAUUCUCCAGAUUUGGGCUAUUCUGUAUUAGAUGUCCCCUCCAUCGAGCCUCCGUUGCCAGACGACGAGGAGGACCUGCCGAGCGGCGCCGCCUCCCAUCCAGCUCAAGAAAACGGCGCUUACUCCCCGAGCGAAGACCCGCGAGAUGAUGAGGUGGUCAACGUCGAUGUUUCCGACCAGUCCGAGAAGUCCGAGAAGCCUGAGAUUCAAUGGGGUCAGGACCCAUCUCAGACUCGCCGUAGACUGAGAGACCCAGAUACAUGGAUCUGGGACGCCUCAGGAAUCCGGAAGGCGUACAGGCAGGAGCUGUCCAGAGGAGGCCAUUCUCAGAGGUUUGACUUCGUCAGGCACUAUUCCCCGCUUCAUCUCUCUUCAGUGGAUCACCUGGUCAAGCAGGACAGAGAAUGGGUGCACUUCCCCGUGGGAGUGGACGGCAACGUGAUGUCCAUCUGCGAGGAUGAGAUCUCCAGCCUCAUCGCCUAUGCGCUGGCUUCGUCGCAGGAUCAGCAGAGUUCCGAUGAGAGGGAACCCAGAUCGAGCCCACCGGAGAGCUUCCACAGCGGCCUCAGAUCAGAGGCUUCCUUCUACUUGCCUUCCUUCAACUCGCUGGACUUGGAGGGGCUUCGGUCAACGGGGAGCUUCUCUUCCUUCUCGUCGGAGGAGACGACGGCGUCGGCACCCGAGCUCGCCGGCGACUACAUCCCGCCGGGGAUUCUGCACCCGGAGAUCGUGGUUGGCGAGUGCUCCGUAUACUGCGUCCACGCGAGGCAGUUCCAUGCCCUGCGGCGGCGCUGCUGCCCUUCGGAGGCGGCGUAUCUCUCCUCCAUCCGCCGGUGCAGGAAGUGGGACGCGCAGGGGGGGAAGAGCAAGGCCUUCUUCGCCAAGACCCUCGACGACAGGUUCAUCAUCAAGCAGAUCAAGAAGAGGGAGCUCGAGUCCUUUCUGAGGUUCGCCCCCGAGUACUUCAAGCACAUCUCCCACUCCCUCUCCACCGGAAACCAGACCUGCCUCGCCAAGAUCCUCGGCAUCUACCGGGUACGUUCGGCGGCGCCUCCUCCUCCGCAAAGAUUCUUUCGUCUUCCUCUCUGAUUCAUCUCUCCUCCUCUGCGCAGGUGAAGCAGGUUACGAAUGGCAAGGAGUUGAAGAUUGAUCUGAUGGUCAUGGAAAACCUCCUCUACGGCAGGGAGAUCUCCCGAGUGUACGACCUCAAGGGUGCUGUCUUCUCCCGGUACGUCUCCGACGCCUCCAAGCCCAACGCGGUCCUCCUGGACCAGAACUUCGUCGAGGACAUGGGCUCCUCUCCCCUGUUCCUCGCCGGGAAGACCAAGCACCUCUUCCAGCGGGCCAUCUGGAACGACACCUCCUUCCUCACUGUGAGCAUCCAUUCCCUCUCUCAUCUCUCUCUCUCUUUCGUUCUUUCUCUCUCAUCCGCUGUAGCUGGUGCUUUUUUCAGUCGAUUAACGUCAUGGAUUACUCGCUGCUGGUGGGGGUGGACAAGCAGAAGCAAGAGCUCGUGUUCGGAAUCAUCGACUACCUGAGACAGUACACCUGGGACAAGCAGCUGGAGACCUGGGUGAAGUCCUCCCUGGUGGUGCCCAAGAACACCUCGCCCACCGUCAUCUCCCCCAAAGAUUACAAGAAGAGAUUCAGGAAGUUCAUGUCCAAGCACUUCCUCACCGUCCCGGACGACAGCGUCGCCGAGCCCUGCUCGCAGUCUUGCCGGCCCUGCGCCGCCGGCGAGGGCCUGCGGACGCUCUCCGAAGCGUCUCCUCCGCCGCAGACGGCGGCGGCGGCGGCGGGCUAG